UGUGCGGAACCUUCGAACGAGCGACCUCGAGUGUUUAAUAGCUUGUGCUCUGGUCAAAUUGCUACGUUAAAAAUGGCUUUGGACAAUGAACAAUAUCUACGACAACUUCAGAGAGAGUACCUUGAUUUCUUGGACGACGAUGAGGACCAAGGAAUAUAUCAUGGCAAAGUUCGUGACAUGAUAAGCAAGAAUGAAUGCAGAUUGAUUGUAAACAUCAAUGAUUUGAGGAGGAAAAAUGAGAAAAGAGCUGUUGAGAUUCUUAACAAUGCCUUUGAGGAGCUGAUCGCUUUUCAGAAUGCUUUAAAGGAAUUCGUAAGCUCUGCUGAUACAGCUUACAGCAAGAAACAUGAGGAGUUCUUUAUUGGAUUUGAUGGGAGCUUUGGGGCUAAGCAUGUGACACCCAGGUCACUUUCGGCUCAUUUUAUCGGAAACAUGGUUUGUGUGGAGGGAAUUGUAACCAAAUGUUCCCUUGUAAGGCCAAAGGUUGUGCGUAGUGUUCAUUACUGCCCACAGACCAAGAAAACAUUGGUUCGAAGAUACACAGAUCUCACGUCCCUCGAUGCUUUCCCAACUAGUUCAGUUUAUCCCACAAAGGAUGAAGAUGGUAACCCUCUUGAAACUGAGUAUGGCUUAUCGACGUACAAAGAUCAUCAGACAUUUACAAUUCAGGAAAUGCCUGAAAAAGCCCCAGCGGGACAGCUUCCUCGUUCUGUGGACAUCAUAUCUGAUAACGACCUGGUAGAUAAAUGCAAGCCUGGUGAUAGAGUGCAAGUUAUUGGAAUGUAUCGCUGCCUUCCCUCCAAACGGUCUGGAUUUACCCCAGGAACGUUCAGAACGGUUCUUAUUGCAAAUCACAUCCACGUAAUGAGUAAGGAAAUUGCUCCAAAUCUCUCCGCUAGUGAUGUAUCUAACAUCAAGAAAUUCAGCCGUCGCAAGAAGGAUGUGUUUGAAAGCCUCGCCCAGUCAUUAGCACCAUCAAUUCACGGACAUGAGUACAUCAAGAGAGCGGUGUUGUGUCUACUGUUAGGUGGAACAGAGAAAGUCCUGGAAAAUGGAACAAGGCUUAGAGGUGACAUUAAUGUUCUACUGAUUGGUGAUCCAUCUACUGCUAAGUCUCAGAUGCUAAGGUAUGUCCUACACUCUGCCCCUCGUGCCAUUCCAACCACUGGGCGGGGCUCAUCAGGCGUUGGUUUGACUGCCGCUGUUACUACAGACCCUGAGACAGGGGAGCGUCGCUUAGAAGCAGGAGCCAUGGUGCUUGCUGACAGGGGAGUGGUCUGUAUUGAUGAAUUUGACAAGAUGAGUGAUCUUGAUCGUACUGCCAUACAUGAAGUUAUGGAACAAGGAAGAGUCACUAUUUCCAAGGCUGGAAUUCAUGCCAAGCUUAAUGCUCGCUGCUCGGUUUUAGCAGCUGCUAACCCAGUUUAUGGCAGGUAUGAUGAGUAUAAGAACCCCAUGGACAACAUCGGAAUGCAGGACUCUUUGCUGUCACGUUUUGAUCUGCUGUUUAUUGUACUUGAUCAAAUGGACCCUGACAAUGAUCGCAAAAUCUCUGAGCAUGUCCUACGGAUGCACAGAUACAGAAAACCAGGGGAACAAGAAGGGGAAGCCUUACCGUUUGGAGUGACAACAGAGACACUGGCCACACAGGACCCUGACAGAGAGGACGAGGAGACAGACACACCCAUUUUUGAGAAGCAUGAUGCAAUGUUGCAUGGACAGCGAAAGGAUCGCAAAGAGAGAUAUGUGUCUAUGGCAUUCAUGAAGAAGUACAUCCAUGUUGCCAAGAGCAUUAAGCCUCGCUUGACUAAAGAAGCUGCAGACAAGAUCUCGAAAAGCUACUCUACACUCAGAGAUCAGGAAAAUGUUGGAAAUGAAAAAGCUAAGACUAUGCCUGUUACUGCCCGUACCCUGGAGACAAUGAUCCGUUUGGCAACUGCUCAUGCCAAGGCAAGAAUGAGCAAAGUUAUUGAAGAGGACGAUGCUGAUGCUGCUAUUGAUAUGGUGUCAUUUGCGUAUUUCCACAAGGUGGAAAAGAGGGAAAAGAACAAGAGGAAGAAAGAUUCUGAAGAAGAUUCAGACGAAGAAGAGGAGGAAGAAGAUUUGGAAAGCCAAACAAGCCAAUCACAACAGAGGACAGCCAAGACCAAAACGAGCAAGUCGCAAGCUAAGAAACAAAAAGUCGCCAAGAAACCGAGAGGUGAUAAAGGGGCUGACCCUUACGAUUUUGAAAGCGAUGAAGGAGAACAAGAUACAGGAGCCGUUGUUGAGAAGAUGAAACGCCGUCGAUCCGCCAAGACAAGUGACUCUGAAGAAGCCAUGGACACAACAGAAGACAAAUCUCCUGUUACUCUUUCUGCUGACAGACUCGCUGAAUUCAAAGCAGCCUUGUCAGAAGCCUUCUCAUCAGCGCAUACCCAGACGUUACCUCUGUCCACCGUCAAGGACUCAGUGAGGCGUGACAAGACUUUCAGUGAUGAAGAAAUCGACUCUGCGUUACAAGUCAUGCAAGAUGCCAAUCACAUAAUGGUAGCAGAUGAAAAUGUGUUUCUUAUCUAAAAAUCUGCUCUCAACAAAGACCAUACAUGGUCUGUUAUCAACCAUGCAUAUUGUGCAUUUGUUUAAAUUCCUUCUGUAAUCUUACGUAUAGUUCGGUUGAGUGCGUAAAAAUGUGCAAUUGUACAGGUAGUUGUUAACUUGACUAGUUUGUCACGUAAAAGGUUUGCAUCGACAUGACACUUCAUUGAAAUUGUUUGAAGUGGAUUCCACUUUAUUAAUAGCUUAGAUAUACUUAGCGUAGUCGUUUUCAAAACUUUCUCUUCAUGGUAGUUUAGAUAUAGUAAACGUUUUUGGUGAAAGGAAAAAAAUCUCUGCUCUAAUUGCUAAAUAUGAGCAAAGUUGUUGUCUUGUUCGAAAUCUGGCUCGCUCUUCUUUGAGAAGAAUUUCACUGCCUGUUUUGUGUUGCAAGAAGUCCUGUCAUGGCAGGUUUUUUUGAGAUAGGGGAAUUUGCUCGUUAAAACGGAGAAGUCGUUUCUAUAGAGAGCUUUAUUCGUGAAAAUGCUUGCUUCAUACGUUGAAGAUUUGUUCAAUAUUUCCGAACUAGUGGUUAUCGCUGAUUGCUGUGGAUAUUGUACCGUUGUCAUGGAUUGUUCAUUGUAUGUCCUAAACUUCUGAAUUAGCUUAUUGUUGUAUUGAUGUCCAUUUGUAAUAAAUAAAGUUACUUGGGGUUGUAACUUAGCGAAGACAAUUUAUUCAAGACUCUUUUGAAUGUAUAAUAUGAAGUAAACUGGAGGUGUUACAGUCUUUAAUGUCGUUGGGUUCUGAGGUUCUGUGUCGAGUCUAACUUGAAAACACAACACUCUUUUUAUUGUACGUAUUUAUGCUAUGUUUAAAAUUGUUUGGACCUAGCUUUCGUAUAAUUUUAAAAAAGCCACAAUUUCUGCCUGGGUGUUACGAAGUCUGUUUAUUCAACGCCAUUUUCCUCUGCCUGAAAUGCUCCAAACACUGUUCUGUCUGUUCUGUUGUGUUUGAAUGCCCAAUCAAUUUUUCCAUGGUUUUAAAUUCAGGACUCCGACUGCUCCAGUUGUCAUUGUCCAUGUAAUGUUAAAAGGUGGAAACUGGUUUAUCUAAUUAAAUUUCUUAGACUCAAAGUGUUAAUUAUCCCAAACGUUUCGUAAAAAUACUAUUGUUUGAUUAUAACAAAACACG